AUGAAGGGUGGAUCGGGUUCAGAAGGUUCAGGUUCGGAGUCUGUCUCAGUACCAAAGCUGAAUUCAGAGGGUGUUUCCUCCACAUCUGCGAUACCCAACGAGUCUAAGACAGGCUCCGAUCCUGCAUUUGAACCGCUGGACUUCGACUUUGAGGCGUUUUUUUCUAGUGAGCUUGAAUCAUCAUCUACUACUGGUUUCGUGGAAGCUCCAAUAGGGAAAAACAUUAACCUUAAGGCACUCCAACACGAGCUGGCAUGCAAGAAAUUGGAGCUGAAGGAGAAAGCAAAGAAAGUUGGAAACGACGUUGGUGAUGAGGCUGGCCAAUUCUCUCAACCAGACAAGGAGGACAAUAAGCCUUGUAACACAAAAGGAAGCCAAGUCAAAAGUUCAAUGCAACUAGAUUAUUUGGGCUGGCAAAGCUCUCAUGUAUGGAAGCAUUUACUCCCAGACACUUCUGAAAAUGAGAAAGAAUUCCGCAUUGGUAGCAAAGGAUUAUCUGUCCAGCAAGUCAAAUCUUAUUUAAAUUAA